AUGAGUACAUCUCUCCCUCCACAUGUUGCUCUAAAUCCCCAAGCCCCCGAAUACUUCCCAUCAACUUUUACAUACUACGUCUUCUUCGUCCCCCAUAUUUACCCUCUUACCCUCUACAACAUCAACAAUUACCAUGCUCAGCCGCCGCCACAAGCUCCACACAACCAACUGAAGAGUCAAGAAACGGGUCAAAGUCAUCAGCGGCGAAGAUUUGGCGGUGCAUGCAGCAAAACUAGGUUUAUGAACACCAAGGGGUAUACUAGGUUCGAGAGGGGCAAAAGGGGAAAUAAAGAUGAUGUUGAGGACAAAGAUGGAUGUUUCAGAGUUGUUCAGACAUGUGUUAUGGUUAACAAGAGACAAAAGCCAGUUAUGCCCUUGGAAUACGGAGAAGAAAACUUGGAUGUUGGUGCCAAUAUCACUACUGUCAUGAUCAGAAAUGUGCCCAAUAAAUUGACGCGAGAUGGGCUGUUGAUUCUGCUAGACAAGCAUUGCAUGUUGAUGAAUGAAGGUGGGAAAGACUGCGGAGAUGGGAAUUACUCGGCUUAUGAUUUUGUGUAUCUUCCUAUCGAUUUUCAAACUGGAGUUAACAAAGGCUAUGCAUUCGUGAACUUCACCAACAAAAGAGGUGUCAAGAUGUUUUACAAUGAGUUUCAUAACAAAGCAUGGGAUAUUGGUUUUAAAACCCCAAAGAUCUGUGAAGUUGUUUGUGCUAAGAUUCAGGGGAGAGAGGGACUCGUUAAGCACUUUGGAGGAACCCUCUUCAUAUGUAGCAGUGAUGAGUACUUGCCGGUAUGCUUCAGCCCAGCUAGAGAUGGGUGUGGGAAGGGUGCAGGCAGUGGAAGAGCAACAGUUGGGGAGCAGGAACACAGCUCCAGAAAUCUUUCUGAAGAUUGGCUCACAAAAUCAGGAAAUCAGUUUCCCGGAAUACUUGGUAGCAGGCCAAUUAAGGUUUUACAGGCCGCCAAAUAUUCGUAA